AUGACAUCUAUCAAACCGUUCCAAGCUACAGAUCUCUUCAAUUUAACUCCAAUCAACUUGGAUCCAUUGACGGAGAACUUCUAUCUAUAUUUUUAUCAUCAAUACCUAUUAACAUGGCCGACUCUAUCUUAUAAAUCUGUGAACCAGUCUGGGGAGCCAACAGGAUACAUGCUAGCCAAGACCGAGGGAAGUGCCAAAGAGUGGCAUGCACAUAUUUCAGCUGUGACUGUGGAUCCGAACUACAGGCGUGUCGGACUUGGUUCCUACCUAUGUGAUCAAUUGAAAAUUGUGGUAGAGCCUGAGCGUCCUGUACAUGCCUGGUUCAUCGACUUGUUUGUGAAAUGCUCCAAUAAAACAGCAAUCACACUAUACGAAAAGUUGGGUUAUAGCGUAUUUAGAAGGGUGAUAGGAUAUUAUGGUAGUGGUAACGCUCCUAUCGACAAGAAGAAAGUAGAUGACGAUGUGGACGCCUUUGAUAUGAGGAUAAGUCUCCAGCGUGACAUAAAGAAUGAAACGGUAAGGAAGGACGGCAGGAAAACACACGUUUUACCGGAAGAGGUGUCGUUCUGA